AUGAACAGAGGAUAUGAAGUAGGUUCAAAUCAGUCGUCCAGUGUUGAUGGUCAAACAUCGGAACAGCAGCGUGCAAUGAUUGAAGACUUCAAUCACGGCAUUGUAAAAAUAUUAGUGGCCACUUCGGUUGCUGAGGAAGGACUGGACAUCUCUGCAUGCAACCUAAUUAUCAAGUACAACAAUGCUGGAUCGGAAAGGACUCUCAUUCAACGUCGAGAAGCUGAAUCGGAAGUGUUUGAACUUUAUGAGCAUUUCAAUUAUUUACAUUUUGAUAGCAGUUAUUAUGCGUUGACAGGGAAUGAGUUCUAA